AUGCCGACUAAACUUGUAGUAGAAUCACUUGAUCAUCUGUUACCUGUUAUAACUAAGAUGAUCAAUUCAUCGCUACUUGGGGGACACUUUCCGAAGGUAUGGAAAGAAGCCCUUAUUGAUCCUCGCUACAAAAAAAGCUGGAAUUAAUGACUUCACUAAUCUUCGUCCAGUUAGUAACCUGCAGUAUGUGUCGAAAUUGGUAGAGCGUGCAGUAUUUGACCAGGUACACGCACACCUUUCUGAACAUGACCUCUACCCCUUGUUGCAAACUGCGUAUAGACGAGGUCACAGCACAGAAACAGCCUUACUCAAGAUAUAUAAUGAUAUAUUAAUGGCAAUGAAUCGUCAGGACGUUGUUCUGCUUGUGUUGUUGGAUCUGAGUGCUGCCUUCGAUACAGUGGAACAUUCUGUGUUACUAUCUCGUCUGAGCACAAGUUUUGGGAUCCGAGGUACAGCACUGGAGUGGUUUGCGUCAUACCUAUCGGGGCGUUCUCAGCGUGUCUCACUAAGUGACAAGUGUUCGGAAUCUCUACAGUUAAAUCAAGAAGUUCCUCAAGGGUAUUGUUUAUAGGGCCGUUACUGCUUACUCUGUAUGCCAGUAAACUGUUUAAUUUGAAGUUGUCAAGAGACACCUGCCUAGCGUUCAUGCUUAUGCAGACGAUACGCAGUUAUAUUUAGCGGUUAAACCUGGCUGUGCCUCAAGUACCGAUGAUGCCAUUGCUACUAUGGAACGGUGUGUAAAUGAGAUAAGAGCCUGGAUGCUGUGUGACAAACUGAAGAUCAAUGGUGGCAAAACAGAGUUUGUAGUA